AUGUCCGAGAAGAACAACACCAGCCUUCCUCUCCCCAUCCAAUCCACCCAGCCCUCGCCGGCCUCAACCCGCCAUUCAUCCUGGAAACCCAAGAUCCUCCUCACCCUCCUCUUCCUUCUCGCUACAUCCCUCAUCCACCCAUCUUCCCCCGCUCACAAGUCUGGUAGACACUUCCUUAGCGGGUUUGCUGAGCAAGAUCCAGCUCUUAAGAAUGAUGCUGUUUCCAAGUUUGGUCUUGGUGAGCUGCAGGGAUGGGCCAAGUGCCCCGGGCAGCCAAAGGCGCUGUACCCCAACACUACUUGGGAGCUUACGGAGGAGGAGAAGGAGAGGGCGAUCAAGCAUUAUCAGGAGGCUGUUCGUAUUCCGACUCAAAGCUUUGAUGAUAACGGAGAGCCCAACGAAGAUCCCAGAUGGGAGCCUUUCUUUGAGUUUCAAAAGUGGCUCAAGAAGACGUAUCCUCUCGUGCAUGAGGUUGCCAAUGUCGAGUAUAUCAACACUCUCGGUGUUCUAGCUACUAUCCAAGGCUCUGAUACUUCUCUCAAGCCCCUCCUCUUGAUGUCCCAUUACGAUGUAGUCCCCGCACCAGAAGACACAUACGACCGCUGGACCUACCCGCCCUUCUCGGCCCACAACGACGGCAAGGACAUCUGGGGUAGAGGCGCUUCCGACAUUAAACCUUUGCUCAUCGCUCAAUGGGAGACAAUCACCCACCUCCUCUCUACCGGCUUCAAGCCCCGCCGAACCAUCAUCCUCUCUCACGGAUACGAUGAAGAAGAAGUGUUUGCUCGCCGUGGUCAAGGUCACAUCGCGCCCUUCCUGGAGGAGAGGUAUGGCAAGGAUAGUUUGUUGAUGGUUAUUGAUGAAGGCGGGGGAACCCAAGAUGAUUUCUACGGAGAGGCAUUUGCUUUACCUGGAAUGGGCGAGAAGGGUUACCUGGACAUCAAGAUUUCUGUCGGGACUGCUGGAGGCCAUUCCUCUCGACCUCCCGUGCACAGCGGCAUCGGCAUCAUGUCUCAGCUCCUUCUUGCCCUCGAAGACAACCCCUUCCAGACAAAGCUCACCUCCGCAUCUCCCUACCUUACCGCCCUUGCCUGCGGCUCCGAGUACAGCACAACCUUCCCCUCUUCCUACUCGUCCCUUCUAUCUUCCGAAGGACCCAAAUCAUACCCCAAGCUCGCAAAGGCACUCGCAGAGACUUCUGUCAGCGAAAAGUCGAUCUUGGGCACAACCACCGCAGUCGACGUUAUCCAUGGCGGUGUCAAGGUCAAUGCUCUUCCGGAACUCGUGACCGCAUUGAUCAACUUUCGCAUCGACUUUUCCGAGAGUGUCAAUUCCACUCAAGAGCACGUAAAGUACUGGGCGGAGAAGGUGGCCAAGGACAACAAGCUGGCUCUUUCUGCUUUCGAUGGAAGGCCGGUUGAAGAGCUGGAGGGCAAGUACUUGAAGGUGGAUGUACUUGGUCUGCCGUUGGAGCCUGCUCCAAGGACUCCUUCAGAGGGAGGCGUUUGGGAACUGUUUGCGGGUACUGUCAAAGCUUCCCUUCCCGGCCCCGACGGCAAGGAGCGUAUCGUUUCACCCUACGCAUCUACCGGUAACACCGACUGUAAGAUGUAUUACAACCUCACCAAGAACGUGUACCGCUUCGGGGCCGCUUCUUCCAAUUCUGGCCACAACGCCCAUACAGUGGAUGAGAGAGCGUCCAUCGCUGGACAUCUCGUGAUGAUUGACUGGAUCCACGCCAUCGUGCAGAAUGCCGAUGCGUACACUGGCGAGGAGUAG